UCUCUCGUUCGGAGGAGAUAUUGUGGACUCCACGCGGUAUCAGGUGCGCGACCAGUGCAGACUGAGAGAGUGCGGUAAUUUCAAGCAGGACACACCACGGCAGUGAUAUGGAUACAUAUAAACACUGAGACACCGCCGUCUCUUGUACCACGAUGGAGUUAGGGAGAUCGACACUGCGCGGGAACGGACUAAAUCUACUCCUUAACGGUAUACAUCCGCGUCAUGGGUUGGUGUGGACCGACGGCAAGGCCAUCUUUCUUGCCCCAGUCCGGCUGUACGGCAAUGACAUCGAGAACGCCAAGUCACUCAAGCUCGGAGAAUUUGACAACGUGCGGAGCCUUCACUGGAGCGGGGACGUGGACGGCGACACCUGCUUCCUGUGUGCCAUCCACCGGCAGAAUGUCACCGUGUGGAAAGUCACAGGGUUGGCUCCAAAACUAGGAUUCAAGCAAGUCCGCAAACUUAAUGUGCAACCCAUUCCCCAAGGCUGUCUGUGGCACCCCAAGAAGGAGGACAUCUUGUGUCUGCUGAGUCAACAACAGUGCAGCUUCUACUUCCGACAUACUCACAACAAGAGCAGCUACGCCUUCCCUCAGCUCGAAAGUGGUAAGAUCACCUGCGGAACGUGGUCGGAAGAUGGACAGAGGCUGGUGCUGUGUGUGGGCGCUGUGGUGCUGGUGUACAUGUGGCCAGACAUCGAGACGUCCAUGUCGGACUUCACCCCUGCAGCCUGGAAGGUCCCGGGCCUGGACGGCAACAUCACCUCCAUCGUGACGCUGUCCCAUGAUUCCCUUGUGUGUGCGACCGAGUUGCCCUUGGAGUCCCUCUGCAAACAACGAGAUAUGUUUGUUGUGCCAGAUGUGGUGAGCUCUAGCAAGGACCGUGCCAUGAACGGAUCUGACGAUGUCAUCACCUCAAGAGGGAGAGAGGUGUCGGUCAAGGAUAGCCUUAUGCACCUGGAGAGAAAUCCACAGAGCCUGGUGCAGGAUACGUCCCAGUUGGUGGUGAUCCGACUCCACGACAAGCUGCAGGAUCCAAGCGUAGUCAGCCGGACCAACAUCAGGGGCGUCCUGGUGCCAGACGUGCUUACACAUGAGCACAGGACCAACUCCAUCAUUGUUGGUAGCAACAACCAGAGUCUCUUACAGAUCUUCACCUUCCUGGGUGAAGAGUUACACAAAGUGUCGGAUAUUCAACUUGAGAAACAUCAGCGGCCCAAGGGAUCCUGCAGAUUGCCCCCCAUCUUUGCCCAGACAAACUCUGGAGUCCUGGUGAUGGUUGGCGAGGGAGAUAUUGCUGAUUCAGCUUUUCCUUCAUCCACUAAUGAAGCACGGUUUACACUACUCAUCAGAUACUUCCCAAUCAAAAUAGAUAAAUCUCACCUUCGUAAUAGUUACUCUGUGAUGCCCAACAACUUGACGUCUGACACCAAACAACAAGAACAGAAGAUCAAGAGUCUGAGUGGCUCCAACCUCCCUACCAGGACUCCUUCCAAGUCCAGAGUUACCUCCCCUUCAGAGGAUGUUCCUUAUGCUAGUAAUGUCAAGAUGUCAGUCCCCUCUCCCCCCCAGUCUUCCAGAGAUGGGGGGGACACCCAUAGACUUGUAGUCGACCUUGGUGCUAAUGGAAAGACAGAAAAUCUGGAAACGGAAACUGUGCAAUUUUCAAGUCAGACUCCUAAGUUCCAGAAUUCCCAUGUGGAUAAGUUCUUUGAUUCUGUGGACAAUGGGGGCCGAGUGAAUGGGUGUCGGAGUGUGACCACGAACAUUGAGCUGGAUUUGCCAAGUGAUCUGAGUUGUGUGACGAGAGAGGAGAGGGAUUAUGGCUGUGUGACGAGAGAGGAGAGGGAUUAUGGCUGUGUGAUGGAGGACUCCCUCUCCGAUCCUGGCAACUCUGCCAGUGUAGACAGCCAAGACGAAACCGGUUGUGACCAGCUGGCAAUGCUUGUCAGGUCACAGAAAGAUCAGAUUGCUGCAUUGCAGAAGAAAAUCGAUGUGUUAUCCCAAGCUGUCGAAGAUACAUCGUGUAUAUUCCCAACCAAGUACCAGAGUCCCGAAAGACCAGAGAAGGUGAAGGUUAUCUACGAGACGUCUGAUGGUCACACGCUGACAAGGUCGUUCCUGUUGGACUCGGGCAGACUGCAGCUGGACCCUGUCAAACAAGCGUUCGGUCUGGCCACCGUGGAGCUGAUCAUGGAUGGUGACCCAUGUGUUCUUGGUGCCAACAUCGACGGCUACAUCCCCAUGAAGUUUGGUGCUGGAUCCACUCUCAGCAUCACUGGAGUCCCAGCAUGCAUCCCGCCGUCCUCUCCAAGGGAGACAAACGGUGUGCUGGACAAGGACCCAGUGUCUGGAGCCAGCAGAUGCUAGCGGAGCACUGUGUGUAGGGGAUGACGGUCUAUCUUGCAAUGGGGAUGUAGGAAGCCUCGUGGUUGAAGUGUGCCACAACACAAGAUCUGUCUUUGGUUAAAGAAAUGGUUGCAGUCUGUGAAACUCAUUAUGGGAGUCUUCUGCCAUGACAUUGUGGAAAUAAUGCCAAAACAUUGUUAACCAUACUCUUACAUUUCUGGUGUCCCCUGCUGUGAUAAUUCUGGAAUAUUCCUGAAAGCGGCGUAAAACCAUACUCUCACUCACUCACUACAACCAGUAGUAAAGUGACCUGUAUGUCUGCAGCCAUUAGUUAGGUUACCCGUGCGUCUUCAGAACAUUCUUGCCCCUGCGUUUGCAGAGUUGUGAUGUUCUCUGCUUGGACGUGUAGCAGAACUGGAUCCUAACAUAGCCCUCAAAGUUCAACAUCUGUUGUGCAAUACACAUGCACAAAAUGUAGUCUAACUUGUUCAGAUUUGUUCAUGUACAGAGAUAAUGUUAACAGCUGUUUUGGAAUUCAGAAGAUUCUGAGUUGAAACAAUGUGGUAUUAGGCGACAGAAUCCGAGAGUUGAGGAAACAGAAAUUUGUUAUUUCUUUUAAUGUCCUGAAAACAGAAUUUGUCUUUGAAACUGAAAUGGUUGUCAGGUUCUGUCGAGGAACAAUGUGUGCGUUGUGAUAUAAUAACAUCUUUGUCAGCUGCUGAAUCUUGGAUGUCCUUCUCAUGUAUUGUAUAAAUCAGUUAUCACAUGUAUAUAUUAGUUGAAUGUCUGAUAUUGUUUAUAAUCAUGUUUUGUUAUCAUAUUCUCAAAUUGCUUUUAUUCCAAAGAGAAGGUUUUUCAUUUUUAUUUUUCACUACCACAACAGGAACACAGAUGGCCCUAGCCAAGGUGCCACAAUUCUCUGUGAAGAGUUAUAUCCCUUAGGUGUACCAGGAACCUGCGAUUGUUGGUUCGAAUGCCAGACCUAAUCCCAGAUGUUUCUAAGUUUGUCAGCACCAUGCCAUGUUCGUGGGUUUUAACAAAGUGGUAAACAUCUGAGACCUUCCUCCCCUCCCACAUCAAGCCGACACCGUGAUGUUACUGACAUACUGCUCAAAGCAGCAAUAAACCAAAUUCCCUAACACUCUUUUACUGCCAUGAGUCGGUCAUUGGAGACAGAACUGAGUUAAUGUUUCCUCAGGUUGAGGAGGCAUGGGUGGCCCAGUUGUCUAUUUGCCGCGAUUCGCUGUGCAGAGUUGCGUCCCUUGGGCACGCCAGAAACCUAUGAUUGUGGGUUCGAAUUCCGGUUUGCCCCCAUUAUGUUUCUAGGUUUG